CCUCCUCUCCUCCUCCUCCACCUCGUUCUCUUCCCAAGUGGCGGCGGCGGCGGGGCCGCGCGGAGCCUCUACAGCGCUCGGCAGGGCCGCCCAGCCCGGAUUCCGCACGGAUAUGGCUCGUGGACAGCAGAAGAUUCAGUCGCAGCAGAAAAAUGCCAAAAAGCAAGCUGAGCAAAAAAAGAAACAAGGACAUGAUCAGAAGGCUGCAGCCAAGGCUGCCUUGAUAUAUACCUGCACUGUCUGUAGGACUCAAAUGCCGGAUCCCAAGACCUUCAAACAGCACUUUGAAAGCAAGCAUCCUAAGACUCCUCUUCCUCCAGAAUUGGCUGAUGUUCAGGCAUAAAGUUGUCUACAGGUCAUUACCUUAAUUUUUAAUUGAUUGUCUGAGAAAGGUGAAGUCAUGACACCUAUUGACUCUUCUACUGUCAGACCUUACAUAACAAACCUGCAGCUGCUUUUCUAAAACUGUUGAUCAGCAAAAAUGAAGGGGCUACAGAAACAUUCAUAUUUUUAUGCUGUUCCCUCUUGGGCUUCAUGCAAAGACAAUUCUGUGUAAAUGUACAGUUGUGCCCUAUUUGGAAAUCCUAAAAAAUCAGUCCAUACUUGUUAUAAAAAUUUUUUUACAAUUGUAAUUAUAUUGAUGUUCAUAUUGUGUAAAAUAACUCACUUAAUAAAGUAGUACUUUGAUUUUACAAUACCACA